AUGGCGGAGAAACGCCACAUUUUGAUCAUCGGGGCCGGCGUCUCUGGCAUUUUACUAGCACAUCACUUCAAAAAGUACUUGUCACACGCCUACACAUUCCAGAUUGUGGAAAAGAACCAUGAUGUCGGAGGUACAUGGCUGGAGAAUACGUAUCCAGGUUGUGCGUGCGAUGUGCCAAGCGACAUCUAUCAAUAUUCCUUUGCACCAACGAAGAACUGGUCCACCUUAUUCGCGUCUUCUGGAGAGAUUCAAAAGUAUCUUUCGCAAGUGGUCAAUCAUUUUAAUUUGCGGGAACGCGUCGAGUUUUGCACGUCGGUAAAAAGAUGUGCAUGGGACGAGCACAAACGCAAGUGGAUGGUUGACACAGAAUGCAACGGCAUUCUCACCACUGGAAGAGAGGCUGACUUCUUGAUUAAUGCUUCUGGGAUCUUGAACCACUAUCAGUACCCUGAUAUUCGUGGUCUAGAUAGCUACAAAGGUCUUUUGAUACAUACAGCAAACUGGGAUCAUUCAGUUGAUUUAACAGGAAAGAGAGUAAGUGUCAUUGGAGCAGGAGCAAGCGCUGUACAAGUUGUACCACAGAUCCAACCCUUGGUGAAACAGCUCUCGGUAUACAUUCGAACCCCAUCAUGGAUCACAACACUACCCGAAAGUUUUCAAGAACUCGGAAGCGCCGCGGACACCUCCGACGAUGAAUAUUUGCAGCGCUGCAAGGAUUUUGAAAGCUAUUACAACAUGCUCUUUCCUGUCUUCCACAAAGACUCUUCAACGCAGAAGCAGAAGCGCCAGGAAAUGGCAUCGUGGAUGGAAGACCGCAUCGCGGAUCCUGUGUUGCGCGAGAAGCUUAUACCGAACUACGAACUAGGCUGUCGCAGGAUCAGUCCAGGAGAACCGUUCCUUCGCAUCCUUCAAGAGUCAAACGUCAAAUGCAUAUUCAAUCCUAUCGCAUCGUGCGAGCCCGAGGGCCUCAAAACGCAGGACGGGAUUGAAGCAUCCGAUGUUAUCAUAGCCGCGACCGGCUUCAACACCUCGUUUCGUCCGCGGUUUCCAUUACUCGGUCGUAACAACAUCGAUCUGCGAGAUCUCUGGAGAGAUGAUCCGGCGUCGUACUUGGGUCUUGGGUGCGCCGGAUUCCCGAAUUAUCUAUCGAUGCUCGGCCCUAACUGCCCGGUCGCAAACGGCAGCUUGAUAGGUAGCCUCGAAGCAAUGGCAGAUUUUGUCGUUCGCCUUCUUAAGCGUGUCGAUAGUUUCGGUGUCGCCACAUUUGACCCAGACAAAGGUGCCCAGGAUGACUUCAAUAAUCAGGUUGAAGAGUUCAUGAAAGACGCUGUGUGGACGGGGAACUGCUCGAGUUGGUAUAAACGCGGGUAUAAUGGGAAAGUGACUGCUGUCUGGCCAGGAAGUAGCCUGCACUACAGAGAGGUAUUGGAGCAGGAUCGCUGGGAAGACUGGCAUUGGACCUAUCUUGGUGGAAGGUAUAGGAUGUGGGGUAAGGGACAGUCGGCUGUUGAAAGUGCAGAUGGUGAUCAUAGCCAUUAUCUGAAACACGGGCCGCUGUUGCCGGAACCUUCGAGCAGUAGUAAGUGCCAUCGCAAGGAUUCAAAAGAUGACAUAGGCAACGACGUACGCAAUGGGCACAGUAGCAUCUUGAGCUCCGGACAAGGCGACAAGUUGAGCGACAACAUCGGCGAAAGGAUUGGCAGCGGAUUGACGAGUGUGUAA